AUGCGUCCUUUGGCCGUUCCGACGUCCGUUCUCUUUUUCCUUUUACUUGCAGCUCUUGCAGGUGCCCAUGACGACGACGAUCAACCUCCUCCACCACCGCCAUCACCUUCAUCCCCACGAGAAACACUUGUCAUGCCUUCCAAUGCUGCCCAUGUAUCAGCAGCUUCUCUCAUGGCAGCCGUAGCAGCAACCCCUGCACCUACGCUUGAAGAAGGCCAGUCAACCGACAACGACGACAACGACUAUUAUUACUAUGGCGACUCCACCAAGGAACAUAAAGACAAGUCUCGUUCAUCAGAAAAACGUACCACAACAACCAAUGAUGCGGGCGAGACUAUUAUCGUCAAUGUUACAACCGUGGUUGUCUCACCUGAUCCUGAUCCUGAUCCCAACAGAGUCUAUCAUGGCAGUGGGGACCGUGCCAAUCAGCAAGACAAGGGCUCAGAAGGCAAUGAUGGUGAUGUGAAUGAUCCCAACAGCGAUGUGAAUGUGACAAAGCAAUUAGAAGCAGAUCAAGCAGCAUUAAAACGCUUGGUGACAAUCCUUUCAGUCGUUGGUGGUGUUGGCGCCAUUGCCGUUGUCGUUACCAUUGUUGUCUUUACUCGAAUGCGGAUACGAAAACGAAAGCGACGUGAGAUGGAACAAGAUAUCGAGAGCACCGAUCUACGAGCAUGUUCUUCAUCAUCACAGCAAAACAAUGAUGACAAUGACAAUGAUCAUAGCAACAACCAUGAUACGGAUCAGCAACCCACAUCAACCAACAAUGAACAACAUCCAUCGAGUCAUUCGAACGCGCCGGCAGCAGAGAAUGAUGAUAAUGAUGAUGGCAAUGAAGGAAGGAGAGAUAGGGUGAUGACACCUAUUCCAUCAGCACCACCUGCACAUUAUUUACCAUCAAUGGAUCAAAACUCCUCAUCAGCCUUUGAACGACGGAGGAACAUCAUAUCAAUGGCAUCGCACACAGCACCAGCCCCCUCAGCCCCAUCAGCAAAGGAGUUGGAUGCUUUGGUCGAUGACGAAUCCAAUGAACAACAUCCAAAAUCACCACUCGCAGCAAGUAAUAGUAACAGCAACAACAACAAUGAUCCAACAGGUCCAACCAAUGAUCAUCAACAUCAGCAGCACUUACAAAACGCUGGGUCUUGUCCUCAUUGCGAACCACCUGAAAUACCUCCACCACCUUAUAUGCCAAGUGCACCGCCAUUGUACGCUCUUCCACCCGAACCUUUCAUCAUCAGAAGCCCAUCCAUACCACGAAGACGUCAUUCACAAGGUUGA